AUGGCUGUUCAGCAGAACGGAAACACCCUUCAGCCCCGGAACGUAGCGAAUGCUAGGCAAAAUAUGCAAAAGGAGGCAGGCAUUUCAGACAAACAAGCCAACGACCGGUUGCUUUUCAUACUUGGCGCCGCUAUUGGUCUGAAUGUCGUGGUGACUGCCAAAUCGGGAGACAAGUAUGAGGGCUUGUUGUCCGGUUCAGACCGCAAUGCUCCCUCCUACAAGGUGACCUUGAAGAUGGUCAAAAAAGUGCAGUCGGCGCAAGUUAAUGGUACCACGUCUCGGGAAGCGGCCUUCGUUGGCACGAGUCCUGAGCACGUCAUGAACUUUGACCUGAGGGAUGUUGCCGACUUUCAGAUUUCAGACUUUAUUGUUACCGAGUCGUCUAAACUUGCUAAUGGUUGGUGCUGUUCUCCUUCUUUCCAAACCGAUGCUGAUAUUUCAGGAAAUCAAUCUCGUGGCGAGCGCACUCUUCAGAAGUGGGUGCCGGAAGGCCCCGACAAUACUGACCUCGCAUUGGACUCAGGAGGAGCAGGUACCUGGGAUCAGUUUGCCACAAACAGUCAGCUCUUUGGCGCACAAAGCACAUAUGACGAAAAUCUUUACACCACAGCUAUUGACAGAAGUGCUCCCUCAUAUAAACGAAGAGAGGCCGAGGCUGCGCGCAUUGCACGAGAAAUCGAAGGGCAAACUUCUGGGAAUGCGCACGUUCGAGAAGAACGCGGACACGCCGUCGAGCAUGAUGGCGAGGACGAGGAGGACAAGUAUAGUGGUGUUCGACGGACUGAAGGCCGCUCCUUCCCACCUCUUCCUGUUGGCGGCCCGAACAAAUAUACACCCCCCGCUAGACGUGCACCAACUGGUCAGGCCACUGUUCCUGGAGUACCUGUUGAUCCUGCCAUUAUCUCAGCACAGAUGGCGCCCCCGAAGGCGAAGCAAGGAAGCAAGACCACAAGCGACGUUGAGAAGCCCGCUGUUGCCCCCGCUGAGACGCCCACCCCCACUCAGCACGGUGGUCCUGCUGCCUCACUCUCUAGCUCACCCUCGAAAGAGGCGCUAGCAUCCUCCACCGAACUAGAGACGGGUGCCGAACCUACAGCUGCCGACUUGACCAACAAACUAGCCACUCAAGGUCCAACUGAAAACGUCGAGGUCAAAGUCCUGAAUCAGUUCCGUCAAUUUGCCGAUAUUGAGAAGCAGCGGGUUAUUGAGCGAAGAAAGGCGCAAGCAAAUCAGGAUCGGACUGCGAAGCUGAAUGAACUCCUUCGGUUCUCAAAAUCCUUCAAGCUGAAGACACCAAUUCCCUCCGAUCUCAUCGGCAUCCUUGCAAAAGAUCCUGCGAAACAAGAAGCGAUUGUCGAGAAAGCAAAGGAAGACACCGAAUCCAGUGCCCCAACCACCACACCGACGCCCGCCCCAGCUGUUACUGCCAAUUCUCGCAAGCCCGACGCUCCUCAAACUCAACCCAGUAUACCGGAUAGGCAGACUUUCAACCGGGGUCGUGGCGGCUAUGCUCCCAAUGGACGCUCUGAUCGUGCCGGAAGCCAGCAGCAAUCACAACCACCGCUUUUCCCAUCUCGAAGUGGAAGUGGUCCCUACCCACCACGAUUCCCUCAUCAGCCAGCAGGCAAGGGAAUUCCACCCCACCCAAUCCCUGCACCGAUCCCGAUCAUCGACGGACGGAUCCCGCCCACGGGUCCUAUGGCUGAUCAAAGUGGAUUGAGCAGCCCGCAACGUUCGAAUAUGCAUACUCCAGCAUCUGGCAUAUCUGGAAAAUUCAAUCUCAACGUUAAAGCUUCGGAAUUCCGACCCAAUGCUGCGGCCACCACUUUCAAUCCUACCAGCUCUCAACCUCCGUCCAGUCCAAGCUCGACUCAGAGAGGGGCCUCGAUUUCAAGAACUGCAUCUCCAUCUGUCUUCUUUGGCCACAGGAAGCCCAAAUCUGCCGCUGAGCGACCGUCCAUCAUCAAAGACUUCAACCCGAUCGCUCGCAUGCGAAGAGAGUUAGCUGCUUCGAGACCCGAUGAGCCAGUCAAGGACUACAGCAAUAAUGGAGGAAUUCCCAAUGCAUUCCAGACCGGACCGAGAUGGACUGUGAAGGAUGAAAAUGAUCAAAAGACGUAUGAGGAGGUGUUUAAUCUACCUACAGUUCCUGUAGUAUCACCAUCACAAAGCCGGUCUGCAUCUUCGCACCAUGUUCCUUACCCUGGUCAGGGUGGCGCGCUCCCCAAUGGACCGGCGGUAAUCCCACAUAUUUCGACAUCUCAGCAUGGGCCACAUGCAGCUACACAUCAAUACCCACAUCCAUACGACGAUGGUAGCCACCGCAUGCAAUUUGGCAGUGCGACCCCCAACAUGUACCCAUCUCCAAACGUGGCAUCUCGACAGGCAUCUGCAUACGCGUCGCCAAUGAAUCAUCCCGCACAACUCGCAUACCAACAGCAGCAGCAGCCACCAUACUUUGGUACACCUGGAGCGCAAGUUCCGGUCGGAAUGCGUGCUUAUCCUGGUACACCAGGGAUGAUGCAUGCUCAAGUCGGACAGAUGACGGCGCCGAUGAUGAUUCAGCAACCGUCUAAUGGACCGUAUAUGGCUGUGCCGUCCCAAUUUGGCCAUCAGGUGCCCAUGUACUCACCCAGCCCAGCGCACGUGUAUCCACAACAGAACGGGUAUUCUAGCCCUCAGCGAAUGGCACCCAUCAUGAUGCAUCAAGGUUCACAGCAAGGGCACCAGGCGCCGAGUAUGAUGUACAGUAUGUCGAAUCAAGGCGGACCUAUUGUGUAUCCACAACAACAAAUGGGUAUGGCUCGUGGAAACUAUGGCGGACAUCAGUAUGGAAAUGCACCAGGAUAUGGCAUGCAACAUCGAACGAUGAGCAGUGGAUAUCCUCAGAUCCCACAAAAGGGAUAUCCACAACACAUGCAGGCCAACCACGGACCGAAUAUGAAUGGAGCACCACAAGGGCCGGCAUACACUCAAGUAGAAGGAGCCCAGGAUGACGGCAAAUGA